CUGGGGUGGGCGUGCCUAAGGACAGAUUCAGGGAGUCAUCUCGCCUACAGGCUUGUCUCCUUCCAGACUGGCCUGCGCCGUUGCAGAGCUCCUUGCCCCGACCCACGCAGCCUCUUCCUCUUCCCACUCGCUUCCAUCAAGUCUCUCCCUUUGCAGGGAUCCAUGAUGAGCUGCAGUCGCUCCUGUGUCUGUAGCCACGGCACCAACGCGGAUGAAAAUACGUGGUAUGGGGUCGAUUCCUACCCUAAUCUCUUUUACCGAGACCUUGUGGGUACCACUCUCAGCGAUAACCCAGAAGGACCCCUAGUCCGGUACACCUACCAACCCUGGCCCUCACUGUGUUGGAAGGUCACUGUGUCUGUGGCAUCCCUGCUUCUCCUGCUGGGUGUGGCAGCCCUGACUACUGGCUAUGCAGUACCCCCCAAACUAGAGCUUGUCAACGACAGUAAGUUCUCAUCUUUGGAUGAUCCGGUAGCCGACUAUAACCAAGCCUUGAUCACUUGCCGUGUGGCAGGAGCCACGCUGUGCGGGGUAGCAGGGAUCCUGCUGGCUGUCUGCCUCUUUUUGGCCACCUCCGGCUGGCUGAGCCCAGAAAUCAAGGCAGAGCCAUUGAUCACUGAAGCUGGCAGCCCUGUGGAGGUCUUCCGCGAUGAACCCGAGCAGCUGUCCCCUGGCUUCCAUGGUUUUAGCAGUCAGUCGUGGCUCCUGAUUCCCACCAGUCCUGUGAAGCAGUGUUCUGUGCAGACCAGCCAGCCCCAACGGGACUCGUAAGUCUGAAGGCUAGAGAAAUCAGACGCGGCCCUCCUGGCACUCCUUGCUCUCAUCACCCAUCUUCCUCUUCGUAGUGUCAGUCUCCCCGGAGCCCCGCCCACCCCAGUAGGUCUCAUGCUCCAAUCUCACUCCUGCUCAGGACAGGGGCAAAUUCAACCAAGAAUUGCCCUUCGAGGCUGAUGAAAAGACCCAGUGAGCGAAAGGCCGUCCCGGCAAGACUGACAACCUGAGUUCCAUCUCUGGGACCUACAAGGUGGAAGAAGAGACCCAGCUCCUUCCAGUUGUCCUCUGAUUCCCCCCACACACACACACACACAACACACACUCACAAAGAAACCCCA